ACAUUUAGCUUACUCAAAUUUUGUGUUAUUUUCAGCUUUUGGGUUUCUUUCUUAACCAAGUCAUUAUACUCUCAUUCUCUCUCCUCUCAACUACAUAUAGUAAGUAUUUUCCGUGUAGUGGCGGUUUUUCUCUUCUUCUUCAUCUACUUUUCAAAUUUCAAAAAACUCAAAACACAAAAUCAAUUUCAUUCCGAUCUAAACCUAGCUAAAUCAAUCAAUGGGUCAAGCUAACAGUCGUGAAGGUCUAGAACUUUCCGAUUCCGAUGAUUACGACGAGCGUGAAUCCGACGAAGAAGAAAAUUACGACACUUCUGAAGAACAACAAGAUGAAGAAAACAAGCAUUUUCAUGGUGGACAUAGUACUACUCCUUCUUCAUCUUCUUUAGAUGAUGUUGAAUCUAGGUUAAAAGCUCUUAAGCUUAAAUAUUCUACUCCUGUUUCUGCUUCUUCUUUGCGUCGGAAAAAUGCUGUUAAACUUUACCGUCAUUUUGGGGGUGACACUUCUGAUUCUAAAUGGAAGACUGUUGAAGCGUCGACGUCGUAUUCGUUUGUUAAAUCUCGUGGUGGUGAGAAUGAGGAGGAUGAUGAUGAAGAUGAGGAUGAAGAUGAUAAGGGGAGUAAUAGUGAGGGUUUGUUUUGGGAACUUAGGGUUGGGUCGAAAGUUAGGGUUAGGGUUUCUACAGAUUUGCAAUUGAAGAUGUUUCCGGAUCAAUUGAGGGUUGAUUUUGUGUGUAAUGGUGUUUGGGCGAUGAAAUUCUUUGAGAAGAAUAAUUAUUAUGAUAUGUUUGUUUCUGAUUUUCAGGAUUGUCUUUUUGAGAAUGUUCAUGGAGUCAAAGCUACUGAGGCGAAUAAGCUUAAGAUAUAUGGGAAGGAUUUUAUGGGGUGGCUUAAUCCUGAAGUUGCUGAUGAUACAAUGUGGGAUGCUGUUGAUGAUGAGGUGGUUGGAAAUCGGACUCCGAUUUCGACUCCUUCCAGGGUGAAGCAGGAUUUGCUUGAGGAAUUCGAGGAGGCUUCGAAUUCUGGGAUUCAGAGUUUGGCAUUAGGUGCUCUUGAUAAUAGUUUCCUUGUUGGGAAUGAUGGAAUUCAGGUUGUUAAGAAUUUUAGGCAUGGAAUUCAUGGGAAGGGUGUUUGUGUUAAGUUUGAUCGUGGUGGUAGCGCCUCUAAGAAUGCGAAUAAUUCGAGUUAUUCGACUCCAAAGAAGGCAAUUUUAAUGAGAGGGGAAACUAAUAUGAUGUUGAUGAGUCCAGUUAUGGAGAAUAAACCCCAUGCUCCAGGGCUUCAUCAGUUGGAUAUUGAAACUGGGAAGAUUGUUACAGAAUGGAAGUUUGAGAAAGAUGGUACUGAUAUCUCUAUGAGAGAUAUUACUAAUGAUAACAAAUCUUCUCAGUUGGAUCCAUCAGGCUCUACAUUCUUGGGUUUGGAUGAUAACAGGUUGUGUCAAUGGGAUAUGCGUGAUCGCCGCGGUAUGGUGCAGAAUCUUGCUGAUGGGAACUCUCCUGUGUUGAACUGGACACAGGGGCAUCAGUUCUCAAGGGGUACCAACUUUCAGUGCUUUGCAUCAACAGGGGAUGGUUCAAUUGUUGUUGGAUCACUUGAUGGGAAGAUUAGACUGUACUCGAAAACGUCUAUGAGACAGGCGAAAACUGCAUUCCCUGGUCUUGGUUCACCAAUUACUCAUGUGGAUGUUACUUAUGAUGGAAAAUGGGUGUUGGGUACCACAGAUACGUAUUUGAUUCUCAUAUGCACCUUGUUUACUGAUAAAGAUGGGAGGACUAAGACCGGUUUUGGUGGUCGUAUGGGUAAUAAAGUCUCGGCUCCUAGGCUGCUUAAGUUAACUCCUGUGGAUGCUCAUAUGGCUGGGGCAAACAAUAAAUUCCAUGGUGGUCAAUUUUCAUGGGUUACAGAGGAAGGGAAACAAGAACGCCACAUAGUUGUAACAGCUGGUAAAUUUAGUGUCAUAUGGAACUUCGAGCAAGUGAAGAACAGUGGGCACGACUGCUACCGUAAUCAACAGGGAUUAAAGAGCUGCUAUUGCUACAAGAUUGUGCUGAAAGACGAGUCUAUAGUGGACAGUCGCUUCAUGCAUGAGAAGUUUGCAGUUAGUGACUCUCCUGAAGCUCCUCUUGUGGUGGCAACCCCUAUGAAGGUGACUUCGUUCAGCAUGUCGACCAAGCAAUAGCAGUAUUACCCUCUUAUCUCAGAAUUGUGAAGAGUGGACCUGUUGCAUCAGAGGAUUCGCUAAUUUUUCUUUUAGUAGCUGUAGUUCUUUUGUGUGUAAGUAGGGCUAGCACUUGUGUUCUUGAGUGCAUUUCUGAAAUGUUUGCUUGAAAGACUUCUAUGUAAUGUCUUGCAAUUGGAAAUAUUUGAUUUGAUUAGUGUUGGUUA